GUCUUUUCGAUUUGUUGUUGUGCGUCAGGUUGAAGUGUAAGAAGCCGGUGGUUUCAAGAUGGCGACGAGAGGGCUAUGUUACAACUGUAACAUGGCAGGACACUUCACAAGAGAAUGUCCCUAUCGACAACCAUCCCUCCCUCAGCACUCUAAUGGCUUCCGAGCGUCUUUCCCACCAUUGCAGCACUCACCCGCUCUCUCAUCUCCUACUUCCUCACCAGCCCCCCUCCUCGCAUUACCUCCUCCGCCAGCCCCUGCUUCGCAAUCCAAUACUUCUCAGGCAAUCGUGCCGCGUCAACCACUGUGGAAGCUCAACCAAGACAAACUAGACCGGGUAUAUGAGUUUAUGGCUUCCGAGCUGGAAGCCAGACAAGAAGCCAUUCGGGAGAGGGAGCGUUUACUCAAGGAAGAAGAAGAGAAGAAGAGGAUCAAGGAGGCAGAAGAGAAGGCUCUCAGGAAGAUGAAGGAGCGCCAGGAUUUUGAAGAACGGAUCGGUACUAUCGUCGGGACGAAGAUCAAUGAUGCAUGCGAGUUAUUUCUCGGCAAAGCGGAUAUGGCAAGAUUCGGCGGGGAGCGCAAGAUGCCCGUGGAUCACACAAAGCUUAGGAUGGAAGAAGAGGCUGAGAAGGAGCAACUGCGUAAGCAGAUUGAACAGCUCAGGGUGGAGAAUGAAUGGAUCAAGAAAAAUAUGGAUGAAUUGACGCGAUCAAUUAAGCAGACGACCGCCGACACAAAGAGAUCAGGCGCUGGGGUCUGCAUUACCAGCCCUCCUGAAGCUCCAGCUCGAGGCAGACCACGCGUGAUGGGAGUAGGCACUCCCACUUCGCAAGAUUUCCAGAAACUCCUUAAAGCCUACAACUCAAUCAAGGAAGGGAAGAGGGCGGCUGAUAUGGAAGUGCAGAUGCUGAAGGAGCGUUUCGAGCGGGCUAUUGGCAAGCUAGUCAGGCAAGGUCGAACGCCCAGAUCCAACCUCUCCAGGCGAAUCAACGAAGUCUCGGACGAUGACGAACCGGAGAAUCUGGGCAAGCAGGAUGAUGCGCUUGAUGACAUCACUCUGAGGCCUUCACCACCCAAGAGAACUUCAGGGAGAUUGGCUAUGAAGGCGGCAGCUACAGAACGGGCAGAUUUCAUCAGAGAGACGAAAAAGCAUCUCAAACGCCUGAAGAAGAACGGCCUCCAGAUCCUGUGCGGCAGAGAAGGCAUCACUUUCACCACCUGCGAGCAGGCCAUCAACGACAUCGCCGAGCACAGGGCAGAGCUCGCUUUCGAUUUUCGUCCAGAGGCCUUCAAGGCGGGGCGAUCGGCCCCCGAAUCCGAAGCUGAAGAGGCGAAAGAAGAUGGGCAUGAGGAAGCGCAGGCCACACAAGCCGUUGAGGUAGAUGACGAGGAGCAGUUGGCGCAAGAAUAGGGGUGUGGCCCAAGCGCCGACUUACUAUGGGAGCUCUUGACGCUCCGUCUUCCUCUGCGUAAGGUUAGAGAAGGCCUUCUUGAUAUGCAUCUUAAUU